AUGUUGUUAACAAUCUUCUUGGCGCUCGCGCCGCGGGCGGCGCUGGCCGUGACCUGCGAUGCCUGCGGCGAGUCGGCGACCUACACGGAGACGCUGAGCUGGAUGAACGGGUACUGUUCCGGCAAGGACAUCCGCGGCUGCGGCGGCAACUACGGCGAGGGCACGGAGACGAAGGCCGACGUGCUCGACCUGGAGUUCGACGUGCCCGCCAUCCCCGUCAUCGCCAGCACCGUCGAAGACUUCGAGUGCUCCAUGGGCGCGAUCGGCAUCGCGCUCAACGGCGUGCAGUUCUACGGCGGCGCCGUGGAGCGGACCGACGACGACGACCCGGGCUGCGAGCUGCUGGACGUGAGCUCGACGCGCGGCGAGUGGAUGGGCUUCGACUUUUGCAGCGGCCACACGGGCGGCGCGAACGGCUUCAACCCGUACCACUACCACUUCCCGCCGAGCUGCCUCCUGGACCAGGCGGGCGCGCGCGCGCGCGGCGCGAACCACCGCGAGACGACGAGCGUGAGCCACAGCCCCCAGAUCGGCUGGGCCCUCGACGGCUUCCCCGUCUACGGCCCGCGCGGCGCGAACGGCACGGAGAUGGAGCACGCGGCGAACGGCUGCGUCGGGUCGCACUGCCUCGACUUCUGCAGCGGCCGCGAGGAGGCGCUCCCGGGCGUCGACGACUUCCUCUACCGCUACUACGUGACCGGCCCGACGUCGGACCUCUACUCGCUCCCGUCGGACCCGAAGCCGCCCGCGUCGGACUACCCGUUCACGUUCCGGUGCUACCGGGGCUGCGUCUGGUCGGACCUCGUCUCCGAGACGAACCGCUGCACCCGGGGCAGCGCGGGCGUCGCGGACGACUACGUGCCCCGCAAGGCCGUCGGCUACACGGACAAGUACGUCUCCGCGGAGGCGACGGCCUACUGGUACGCGCAGAACGGCGACGACGCGAUGGCGCCGCUCUGCGCGUCCGAGCCGACGGCCGCGCCGACGACGGCGACCUGGGCGCCGACGACGGAAGCGCACCUGAAGAUCUGCGCGACGGAGACGGCGGGCCAGCGCGGCACCUGCGAGGCCGCCGGCGGCGUGUGCUACACCGCGGAGGCCCACUGCGUCGGCGACGGCGGCGCGUUCCUCGCGAACCGGUGCGGCGCGGACUGCGGCUGCUGCGUCAAGCAGCCGUCGCCGGCCCCGACGCCGGCCCCGACGCCCGCGCCGUCGCCCGCGCCGACCACGGCCGCGCCGUCGAUCGACCCGGCGUGCCCGCUCGUCGCGGACGCGCAGGCGUCGCGCUGCGCGGACCGCGGCGGCGAGUGCUACGCGUCGAACCACACGUGCGAGGCGGGCCGCGGCGGCGUCUUCCUCGCGAACCUGUGCGGCGACGGCGCGGCCGACGCCGACGAGCCCUGCGGCUGCUGCGUGAGGAUGCCGUCGGCCGCGCCGACGUGGGCGCGCGCGGCCGCGUCGGCCGCUCUGGCGGACGACGAGGACCCGGGCACGGCGGGCUUCAAUUCGCUCUACGUCAUUCUCGUCCUCACCUUCAUGUCGCUCGUCAUCUUUUCCCUCGCGGCCGUCGGCAAGUUCCAGUACGACAAGCUCAAGGCCCUCGAGCACAAGACCGAGCGCCACCGCAUGAGCACUCGGACCCGGACCGAGAUGGUGAUCUGCGCGCACUCGGCCGAAGCCGCGGCCCUGGGCGUCGGCGUCGGCGAGGCGAGCGGCGGCGCGGCCGCGCGCCGCGCGGCCGUCACGCUGUGGCGGUGCGCCCGGGAGGGGCUCAGCUUCGAGGCCCAGCGGGCGUGCCGCUUCCUCCACGCGCACGGCGUGCCGGUGUCGUACGUGCUCCUCGCCGCGACGGAGGCGGGCGCGCGCGCGGUCGUCGGCGCGUCGCUCCGCGCGUCGGCGGACAUGGCGCCCCUCGAGGCCCUGCGGGCGAACGCCGCCUUCGUCUGGCGCGAGGCGACGCGCCGGCCCGACCUCUGGAGCCCGCCGGAGGCGACGGCGCGGCGCGUCGACGCGACCUGCCUCGCGCUCGCCCGCAAGGCCGCGGCGCACUAG